GUUUGUUUGUUGAUCAAGAUGUGGCUGAUGCACGGCAUUCCCUAGUCAUGGCUGCACCACCUCCCCUGGAGGGGAUUUCAAGCCCAAAGCACCGCCUUAGCGGGUCCCAAUCCGCCUGGCUGCCUUCGCUUCGGCCCUUGUCAGGGGUGUCGCCGUUUUGCCUCCAUGCGCACACAAUGUUCUUUACAAAGCCUGGGGGAACCUCCUCGCCAACCACGCCGAUGGACACCAGCUUUCAGGAUUGGAAUUUCACGGAUGGAUGGGGCACAAAUAAAGCCGCACAGGCUUGCCAAUCUCAUCACAGCAAGCCUGGCAUCGCUAGUGCUGGCUAUGCCACUCUUCGGAAGAGCCAGUCAGACAGUGCCUUGCAUGGUGUCUCUCCGAAAGCUUCGAGUCAGAAUGAUCGUGUAGGAGGUACAUUCUUCACUUUGGGGCAGCAGAAACGAUCUGGGAACGUUGCAGCAGGCAAAGCAGAGUUUGUGGACCAGGCAAAAUUAGUCAAGGACUUUGACAGAAUGACAGCGGCCCUUGGAGAGGUCAAGAACUUGUUUGAGGGUUUUGAUCCUCGACGCUCUCCCAAGAAGAAGCCAACCUUAAGUGAUCUUUUCUCAGGCAAUAAAGCUCAGAAGGACACCGGAGAAGGGGACGACGGCGACGCGGAAGAGGCGUUGCGGGAGGCGAAGGAGCGCUUGGCCGAGCGGCUUCAGGCAUACAAGUACACGCGGAGGAUUGAGCCUGAAAUGCCGCCCCUAGCACCAAUUCAAAGCAGCGUUUCGCCCAGGAAGCCGCCGCCACAGACCCUGGUAGUUCGGAACACGACGCCUGAGGCGAUUCAGGUGUGGCUUCCACACAACAGGAAGGAACGAAUUACGAGCUUUGCCGAGGAGCGAGCAUAUCGCCGACGUCUCUGCCAGAAUCAGAAGAUUCGAAUGGUGGAGGAAAAUGCCCUCAUCUUGCAGGAGGAUCUAGAGCGGAAGGAGCGCCAAGCAAGGCAAGCGGUGGAGGCUCGGAAGCUCCAGGCCAAGCUGAAGUCCGAGAGCAGGGACUUCCCGGCGGCCAAGUGGUUCGGGCUGAUCUGGGCAGCUGGGUUUCUGCAACAGAUCAAGCAGGACCAGCGGCAACGCAAGGUCCCAGUUCUCGAGCGCGUCAGCUACUUCAAAGAAAACGAAGACAACAUGCUGGUGAAGAGGUCCAAGAUGACGGCUCCGCAAAUGAGGGAGGCUCUCCGAAUGGAAACCGUGGUGCAAAGCCCUGCAGUGUCCAGGCUUUUCACCAGCUAUGUUGCAUCAAUGAAGUUGAAAAGAAACAUCAUGACCGCAAAGUCCAACGCGAGAAAAGUGUAUCAAGCGCUGCGAAGUUGGCAGGUAGCUGGUCGAGUGAUUUUUGCAUUGAAGAACGUUGCCUUCCAGGCCAGAAAGCUGCAGAGAUUCUGGAGGGCCUGCUCUGUGCGACUUCGAGAGCAACGAGAACGCAUUGCCCAGCGCUGGGAGCGCAUGGAGCGCCAAGAGCUUGCUCAAGAGCUGUCGAAGUGGGAGCGACCCCCGACCCACAACCACGCUGGUCAGCGGAUUUCUUCAGCCUCACUGACUUUGGAAGACAGGGUCACUAUGGAAAUGAUUCCCAAGGUGGUGCGGAUGACAUUUCUGGAACAUGAGAUGCGAGCAAGGCGGUACUUCCUGCUACCCGCAAUUGCGAACUGGGAAGAGGAUUGCACCAAGUGGCAGGAGGACUAUGCCCAGCGGUUGGAAACGAAGCGAGCCUACCAAGCGAUGGGGCAAGAGUUUGAGGAUCGGCCAGAGCAUGCCUUCACAUUUCCCCCAAGCAGACCCAUGCAUCUGCCACCAGCACACCCGGUGGGUGAGGCAUCCAGAGGAGCCAUUUGCUCCAUCAGCUGCCCAGGGAGGAGGGGUGACGAGGAGAUCCUCGACAUGUGGAAGCGCUGCAGGCAGGAUCCGACCAGCUGGAAGCAAGUGCCGAGGGCUGGUCUCAAAGAGUACGCCACGAAGAAAGUGAAAGACAAGCCAAAGGAGGAUGCCAUGCAAUUCACUUCGCUGGACGCGCUUCUGAACAACGACAAGGAUCAAAAUUUCGGAGACGCUCCAGAAACCGAAGCGAAGGCAUAUGGAGUCGAUGAUGCGCUCAUGCCAGGUGGCGAGCCCCCUGAGAACGAGCCGUCUGUGUCGCUGCCAUGUUAGCGACGACCUGUUUCGAGCCCUGCUCAGUUGCCGACUGUUUUCGCAUUUAGUCGCGUGGGACGUGUCAUCACCUUGCAUCUGCCAAAGGCAGACUGUGCAGCCAAACCUCACGUUAGGAAAACUUGGCGUGCUAAAGAGCGCAGCCAAGUGUUACUGCAUGCUGGCGCAUGUUCGAAGGACACGUUCAGCACAAGAUAUGCAAGCCAGUUCAUGGUGUGUGG